AGUUAACUUUAUGAGGUUGUUGUGAGAGGUGGAGUGUGUUAAGUGGUGUGGGAUGUUGCGUGUGUGAAGAGUCCAUCCUUAAAACCGGACCGACUGACUGACAAAGAAAACGGAACUGGCCGACGACACGCAUCACAGAAAAUGGGCGACACGUGCCUCAAGAUAACCCGAGAACACUCACCCACGCAUGACAACGAGGAAAAUGAGGAAAACAACCCCAUCACGCGGAGGAAAAGAACGAAAACAAGGAAAAGGCUCAUGUUUGCAAGCGUGACUUUCGUGGUAAGCGCCGUGGCCAUCCUGUCCGUUGCUGCCAUUGGUCUGUUCUCCCUCCUUCUCAUGACGUCAUCGCGCGCUGGGAGCCAAUCAAAACUGGGGAAAGCUAUGACGUCAGAGCCUGUGGACCAAUCAGAGAAGAGGCUGCACAUUGAGAAGAGAGAAGCCGCGGGGCACCAGGGGGCGUGUCACGAGGACCUUUGCCUAACGAGAGAGUGUGUCCACGCGGCCUCGACCCUCCUCAGCCACAUGGACGAGACCGUUGACCCCUGCGACAACUUCUUCAGGUACGCGUGUGGAGGCUGGAUGGAGAGGAGCGAGCAUCAUGUGUCGGGGGAUGAGCUCUUUUAUAGUGUCGUGUUCAGCGUACUAUCGGAAAGCGUUGACAGAGAGUUGAAAGAGCUGCUGAGGACGGGAGGAGCAGUGCCCGAGGAUGUGCUCCGGAGCAAGCCCUACGAGGACCUGUUUCUCUUCUACCGACGGUGCAACGAGGUGGACCACGGGAGCCCAGACAUGACGCCAGUUCACGAAGCACUAAGGGAGCUCGACGCCUUCCAAGUGGGCACCCCCUUCGACGCCUCCUCCUGGGACCUCACUCGCGCCCUCCUGCAGCUCUUCAAGAUAAACGGAGCUCCCCUUUUCGACGUGAUGAUCGACUCGGACGUGAAAAUCGCAGGAAAGUUUGCGAUCACCAUCACGUCCCCUCGGCAUUUUGGUCUCUUCUCCCGGCUCAAAGGACGCCCCCCAAGCCUCCGUAGGAACCCCCAAGGACUCCAGGAGUACAUGACGACGAAGGGAAGACAAGUGUUAUUCGGCGCAAGAGCUGACGAUACUGAGACGACGAAGGCGAUGCUGGGACUACAGACGAGGACGAAGACGAAGGGGAAGACGAGGAGGAAGAAGAGGGCGAGCUUGUAUCGACACGCACCCCUCAAGGCUAUCCAAGGGCGUGACUCUAUAGGAAAUCUUGUGGUGUCCCCUGACCUGAACGAAGAGGAGAAGGAAGAGGAGGAGGAAGAGGAGGAGGAGGAGGAAGAGGAGGGUAUAGAAAUGGUAACAGACGAAGAAGAAGAAACAGUAACAGGAGAAGAAGGGACAGAUGACUCCUCCUCUUCCUUUCCCUCUUCCACCUCCUCUUCCUCCUCCUCCUCCUCUUCCUCCUCCUUCACCACUACUCCAUCUCCAUCACCACCUAUCUCUUCAUCCACCACCACCUCCACUACCACCACCUCUAGAAGCAUCCACUCCACUGCUUCACCCACCAUCACCUCCACCACCACCACCACCAUCACCACCACAAUGGGAUAUGAAGAUGAUGGUGAAGGAAGUGUAGAAUAUGAUGACUAUACAACGACAACGCAGCCGCCAGUUAGCAGAAGAAUGGUGUAUCGUAUGUUUAAGGCCGAUAUGGACGUCAAACGCUUGGAGACCCUCGCCACGACCCUGCAGGACACCUUCCCCAACGCUAGCGCCUUCGUCGUCCCCUCCGCCGCCAAUCACGACGGCGAGCCUCCCGAAGACGUGUACGGAGAAGUGAUGACGCGCUUCCUCCCCAUGCUGCAGAAGCUGCAGCCAACGGAGAGGGAAGAAUUGGAGGUGUCCCAGAAUGGUGAACUCUAUAACCUGGUCACCAUCACCACGCUACAGCAACAGUGCCCUAUGAUCGACUGGGGCCUUUUACUCGGUGACCUCUUCGACAUCACCAUCACGGAGGAGACCCACAUCUACGUCCACUUCCCUCAACACCUCACCAGGCUCUGCACCAUUAUUGAUAACACCGAGCCAUGGGUCCUUCACUACGCCCUGCUGACGCUCUACUCCCACGAUGUCCUGCAGGAAACGGUGUAUACGGGGGAGGACACGGAUAGGGGGUCCUUCUGUCUGGAGGCCGUCAAGAGUGUGUUCGGCGAGGUGAUGUCCAACCUGUACCUUCACCACAUCGGGAACGUCACACUCCGGAACAUCAGGGAGAGUUCUUCCUCGAUCAUGGAGGUACUACGGGAGGAGGUGGAGGAAACCAUAGCAUCGGCGACGUGGCUGCAGCAGGAGGACAAAGAGACGGCGCUGCAUAAGCUACAGAAGAUGGGCCUUGAGGUCGGAGGGUUAGAUAAACACUGGGAUAUUUCUUUCGUCGGGAAGUCACACGAAGAGGUGAACUUCCCCUCCAACGCCUCCUUCCUCCACACCGUCCUGGAGCUCUACCGCGGCUUCAGGCAACAGCUCUACCAAUUCUACCACACACCUUUGGAGCGGGACGAGUUUAUCUGGUCGUACACCGUUCAACCUUAUAUCGUCGAUGCCUUUUACGCCAAGGACACCAACACUAUAGUGUUCCCCGAGGCGUUCUUCAACCCUCCUUACUACCGCCCACGCUCGCCUCUCUAUCUCAACUAUGGAUCAACUGCGACUUCUAUGGCCCAUGAGAUAUUUCACGGCUUUGAUCUUCUGGGUGUAUUGUUCGACGACCAAGGCUUGCUGAGUCGUCCCUUCAGUGAGGAGAUGCAGAGCCACCUACAGGACACCUCUGACUGCUACCAUAACCUGCUCACUCAAACCUUUUAUGAAGAAAUGUAUAUCGCUGGUACACUGAUUGCUAUGGAGAUCGACAACACCAUCACGAAAAACGAAAACAUAGCGGACAUUAGUGGUAUCCGGGCAGCCUUCCGAUCCUACCUUCGCUACGAGAGAAGGGAGGGAGUGGAGCCCCGGUUACCUGCCCUCCCCCUCACACCCCACCAGCUCUUCUUCCUCUCAGCGGCGCAGCCGUACUGCUCCGUCACCUCCAGAAUUGGCAACAUCUUUCUUAUGGAACUGGAUGAGCACCUUCCCAACAUGAUGAGAGUCAACGGGAUGAUGAAGAAUUUGCCAGAGUUCACCCAAGCGUUCAACUGUUCCGCCACCUCAACAAUGUUCGCAAAUACAACCUGUCAACUUUUCUGAACCAGUUACAAAUGUUAACUAACUCUACCUGUCUCAAACCAAACCUAUCUUACUUUUCUAACCUGUUCAAAUUGUACUCUUAGAAUCUGCUGUCAAAACUACCUGUCCCAAGCUUAAAUCCACGUCUCUAAUAUCACCUGCUAACUCUUCUGAACUAAAUACACCUGUCAUUUCUACCUGUCCAAAGCCAAACCCACCUUUCCUGUCACUUGGUCUGUUCAGUUCAUACUUUUAGAAACUACUGUAAAUUCUACCUGUCCCAAGCUAAAUCCAGUUGUCCAAUACCACCUGACAACUCUCCUGACCCACCUAAUACAUCUCAUGCUACCCAAGCCAAACACACCUUUCCUGUCACUUAACCUGUUCAAUUUGUACGCUAUGCAACUCCUGUCAAAUCUACCUAUCUAAGCCAAAACCACCUGUCCCUCCGUCUCUCUUUACCUGUUCCCUUCUCCUAUACUUCCUUCCCCUUCUGUCUCUCUCCGGCAUAUGACCAUAGAUGUUGCGCCGACUAAACGAAACUUUCCAACUUUCCACCUGUUCACCUCUCUCUCAAUCUGUUCAGCUCUUCUCCCAAGGCAGUCACAUCUGUUUUCAAUCAGCCGUAACGUUCCAAGAAGCAAUCACGUCUAUCUCUAACCCGCCACACCUGGUUCACACGGUCACCACUGCCACGUUCACGAAUUUUGUUGAUAAAGAUUAAAGAAAUGUCCAAAAAACGGGAAAAUCUCGGCUUGUAUUUAUUUACCGCACUCGCUCCGCUACAGAUUCGGGCUGGAGGCAAACAGUAAGCGAAUAAAUUAUUUAACCUG